ACCAUUUUGAUUUUGGGAUAUUUUGGACUCGUAGAAGGACGUGCCACUGAUGUCAUCGCCGGAUUAUGAACACUGGACUGGAACAUAAGGAGUAUUGGAUCUGUAACAAUCUAGCUCCCGUGUGGCGCAGCGGUCUAAGGCACUACGAGUGCAAGAGGCUUCCCUGGUUCAAAUUCAGGCUGUAUCACUUCCGGCUGUGAUUGGGAGUUCCAUAGGGCGGGGAACAAUUGGCCCAGCGUCGUCCAGGUUUGACCGGGGUAGGCUGUCAUUGUAAAUAAGAAUUUGUUCUUUAACUGACUUGCCUAGUUAAAUGUAAAAAAAAGAUAUUUUUCUGCACCACUCCAUACCACCAUCUAGUGGAUAUUUAUGGGAUUACUCUCCUUGCAGGUCCAGAAGGAGUAAAAAGUAAACAGGUACCAUGAAAGAGAUCCACUCAACUACUUGUAUUAUAAAAUGUAAUUUCAUGGCAUUAAUAUGUGAGUGAACAAGCUAUAAAAAAACAAAAAAACAAAAUAUAUUACACAAAAUGAAGAAAGUCUGCACGCACAACACUUUGAGAUGACAGAAAGGGAGGAACGGUGAUGGUCGUCAAUGGGUUACAGGUUCUGGCAGCACUGCAGUUUGUUCCCUUUCUGGUCUGUGGUGGGUGGAACACUUAUGUCCACCACAUUGUUUCCAGGGGACUCGUCAUGGGCAGACCGCUCGGCGAUCUGCUUCUGCGAUGCGAUAGAUUUCUGCGGAGAGUAGACUAGACUGUUGUGGUGCAUCUCAGUACUUCAAAGAGGAUUUCUUUCCUAUUCUCUAGUCUACUUAAUCUGCACGUGUCUAAGUACAAAAAUUGGGAAAUGUCAAAUCAAUUUGCUUUGCUCUUGUACUGUACCUGUAAGGAUGUUCUUGAAAGCUUCUUCUACAUUUGUUGAAUCCAAGGCUGAAGUUUCAAUAAAGGAUAGUGUUCUUCUCUGCAGUGUUAAAGAAAAGGCAAAGUGAGUCACACAUCAAGAAAUUGUUCCAGGACAGAAUCCUUCUGUAUUACACAUUGAGUCCCAAUAUUAUACUCUCCUCCCUUCCCUUGUGAUGACCACUGAUAUACAAGUUCCAGAUAGGUGAAAGCAACUAUAUGGUGUUGCUCUCAUUUCACUUUCAUCCUAUCCAUCUCUUCAGUGGUCAUUUAGGACCACAAAAUAUAAAGAGGAGACUCUUCCAAGAUUGUACCAAUAAGCCCUUGUACCCCUGAGCCUGGUCCUAGAUGCCAUGGUCCUACAAGCCAUGACAAUGGCCAUAGGAGUUGACAAGACCGCACAAUUAGAUCUGUGGCCAGGCUAUGUUUCCUCUGCCAAAAUAUGCAAGUACCUGCAAAAGCCCGGGCCCGAUCUCGGUGAGCUAUAGGGUAUGCAGGUUUAUGUUCCACACUUCAACCCAGCACUAAAACACCUGAUUCAACUAAUCAAGGACUUGAGCAGUUGAUUGAUUUGAAUCACCUUUUACCUCUCUGAGACUAUAAUUUAAGACCACUAUAUUAUACAUAAAAUGGCGCCGGAGAAGAAAGCAGACGUUUUACGUGCCCCCAACGAUUGUAUUUUAAAAAACAUUUUUUACUUAUCUUGUACAAGAUGUUGCCGCUACCAUCUCUUAUGACCAAAAAUAACUUUUGGACAUCAGGACUGCGAUUACUCACCACGGACUGGCAGAAUCUUUUUUAUUUUUCCUUUAUCGAGUCUGAUGAGCUUGAUGCGAACGUUAUACUGCUUUCUCGGGAACAGGCCCAGAUCCCCAUGAUUUCCAUUAAGAGGAGGCAGAGAAAAAGGGGCUGGAGGGCGGGUUGCCUUCUGAGAAUUUGUAGAUGAUCAAAUAAACCCACACUUCCUUCCAUUCUGCUAGCAAACAUGUAAUCUUUGGACAAUAAAUUAGAUGACCUACGCGGAACAUUAAACUACUAACGGGACAUUCAAAACAAUAUCUUAAGCUUCACUGAGUCGUGGCUGAACGACAACACUAUCAACAUACAGCUGGCUGGUUAUACGCUGCACCGGCAGGAUAGAACAGCGGCGUCUGUUAAGACUAGGGGUGGUGGGCUAUGUAUUUUUGUAAAUAACAGCUGGUGCACGAUAUCUAAGGAAGUCUCAAGCUAUUGCUCGCCUGAUGUAGAGUAUCUCAUGAUAAGCUGUAGACCACACUAUCUACCUAGAGAGUUCUAAUCUGUAUUUUUCGUAGCUGUUUACAUACCACCACAGACUGAGGCUGGCACUAAAACAGCAUAGAAUGAGCUGUAUUCCGUCAUAAGCAAACAAGAAAACGCUCACGCAGAGGCGGUGCUCCACGUAGCCGGGGACUUUAAUGCAAACUUCUAUCAGCAUGUUAAACGUGCAACUAGAGGAAAAAAAACUCUGCACCACCUGUACUCCACACACAGAGACACAUACAAAGCUUUCCCUCGCCCUCCAUUUGGCAAAUCUGACCAUAAUUAUAUCCUCCUAAUUCCUGUUUACAAGCAAAAAUUAAAGCAGGACGAACCAGUGACUAGAUCCAAUAAAGUGGUCAGAUGAAGCCGAUGCUAAGCUACAGGAUUGUUUUUCUAGCACACACUGGAAAAUGUUCCAGGAUUCCUCCGAUGGCAUUGACGAGUACACCACAUCAGUCAUUGGCUUUAUCAAUAAGCGCAUUGAUGACGUCCACUGUGACCAUGCAUACAUACCCCAACCAGAAGCCAUGGAUUACAGGCAACAUCCGCACCGAGCUAAAGGCUAGAGCUGCCGCUUUCAAGGAGCGGGACUCGCAACCUGGAAGUUUAUAAGAAAUCCCACUAUGCCCGGCGACAAACCAUCCAACAGGCAAAGCCUCAAUACACGAGCCUACCAGACAAGCUAAACUACUUCUAUGCUCGCUUAGAGGCAAAUAACACUGAAACAUGCAUAAGAGCACCAGCUGUUCUGAAAGACUGUGUAAUCACGCUCUCCGCAGCCGAUGUAAGACCUUUUAAACAGGUCAACAUUCACAAUUCCGCAGGGCCAGAUGGAUUACCAGGACGUGUACUGAGAGCAUGCGCUGACCAACUGGCAAGUGUCUUCACUGACAUUUUCAACCUCUCCCUGUCGGAGUCUGUAAUGCCAACAUGUUUUAAGCAGACCACCAUCGUGCCUGUGCCCAAGAACACUAAGGUAGACUGCCUAAAUGACUACUGACCCGUAGCACUCACGUCUGUAGCCAUGAAGUGCUCUUACAGGCUGGCUCACAUCAACACAAUUAUCCCAGGAACCCUAGACCCACUCCAAUUUGCCAACCGCCCCAAUAGAUCCACAGAUGAUGCAAUCACUAUUGCACUACACACUGCCCUUUCCCACCUGGACAAAAGGAACACCUUUGUGAGAAUGCUAUUCAUUAACUACAGCUCUACAUUAGUGCCCUCAAAGCUCAUCAAUAAGCUAAGGACGCUGGGACUAAACACCUCCCUCUGUAACUGGAUCCUGGACUUCCUGACGGGCCUCCCCCAGGUGGUAAGGGUAGGUAACUACACAUCCGCCACGCUGAUCCUCAACACUGGGCCCCUCGGGUGCGUGCUCAGUCUCCUCCUGUACUCCCUGUUCACUCACAACUGCACAACCAGGCAUGACUCCAACACCAUUAAGUUUGCAGAUGACACAACAGUGGUAGACCUGAUCAACGAUGAGACCGCCUAUAGGGAGAAGGUCAGAGACCUGGCCGUGUGGUGCCAGGAUAACAACCUCUCCCUCAACGUGAUCAAGACAAAGGAGAUGAUUGUGUACUACAGGAAAAGGAGGACCAAGCACGCCCCCAUUCUCAUCGACGGGGCUGCAGUGGAGCAGAUUGAGAGCUUCAAGUUCCUUGGUGUCCACAUCACCAGCAAACUAACAUGGUACAAGCACACCAAGACAGUCGUGAAGAGGGCACGACAAAACCUAUUCUCCCCCAGAGGACUGAAAAGAUUUGGCAUGGGUCCUCAGAUCCUCAAAAGGUUCUACAGCUGCACCAUCGAGAGCAUCCUGACUGGUUGCAUCACUGCCUGGUAUGGCAACUGCUCGGCCUCUGAAAUUGUCAGACUCCAGCCACCCUAGUCAUAGACUGUUCUCUCUCGCUACCGCAUGGCAAUCAGUACCGGAGCGCAAAGUCUAGGUCCAAGAGGUUUCUAAACAGCUUCUACCCCCCCAUGCCAUAAGACUCCUGAACACCACCACUCCCCAGGUGCUCUCAUUUUUUUUACUUCUGUAACCGUAAAAGCCUUGGUUUCAUGCAUGUUAACAUUAGAAGCCUACUCCCUAAGUUUGUUUUACUCACUGCUUUAGCACACUCAGCCAACCCGGAUGUUUUAGCCGUUUCUGAAUCCUGGCUUAGGAAAACCACCAAAAACCCUGAAACCUCCAUCCCUAACUAUAACAUUUUCCGCCAAGAUAGAACUGCCAAAGGGGGCGGUAAGCUUGCAGAGUUCUGUCUUACCAUCCAGGUCUGUACCCAAACAAUUCGAGCUUCUACUUCUAAAAAUGCACCUUUCCAGAAACAAGUCUCUCACUGUUGCCACUAGCUAUAGACCACCCUCUGCCCCCAACUGUGCCCUCGACACCAUAUGUGAAUUGAUUGCCCCCCAUCUAUCUUCUGAGCUCGUGCUACUAGGUGACCUAAACUGGGACAUGCUUAACACCUCGGCCAUCCUACAAUCUAAGCUUAAUGCCCUCAAUCUCACACAAAUUAUCAAUGAAUCUAACAGGUACAUCCCCAAAUCCGUAAACACGUGCACCCUCAUAGAUAUCAUCCUAACUAACUCGCCCUCAAAGUACACCUCUGCUGUUUUCAAUCUAGAUCUCAGCGAUCACUGCCUUAUUGCCUGCGUCCGUAAUGGGUCUGCGACCAAACGACCACCCCUCGUCACUGUCAAACGCUCCCUAAAACACUUCUGCAAACAGGCCUUUCUAAUCGACCUGGCCGGGGUAUCCUGGAAUGACAUUGACCUCAUCCCGUCAGUAGAGGAUGCCUGGUUAUUCUUUAAUAAAAAGUGCCUUCCUCACCAUCUUAAAUAAGCAUGCCCCGUUCAUAAAAAUUAGAACUAGGAAUAGAUAUAGCCCUUGGUUCACUCCAGACCUGUCUGCCCUUGACCAGCACAAAAACAUCCUGUGGCGUUCUGCAUUAGCAUCGAAUAGCCCCAGUGAUAUGCAACUUUUCAGGGAAGUUAGCUUUCUUAACUGCCUGUGUAUAUUAAGGCUAGCUUUUUCAAACAUAAAUUUGCAUCCUGUAGUACAAACUCAAUGUUCUGGGACACUGUAAAGUCCAUGGAGAAUAAGAGCACCUCCUCCCAGCUGCCCACUGCUCUGAGGCUAGGAAACACUGUUACUGUAAUUUAAUUGUACCAAUGUGUUUUCAUUAAUUGAAUUCCCUUAAUCUAUUUCAUGAGAAUUUGUAAGAUUCUUGUUUGCAUAAAAUAGACGGAGACCAGUCUUAUCAAUAAUAGGUAACAGAAUUUAUUCUCGGAGCGCGCUGCCACUUUACCACGAGCAACAGUUUAUAUACAAUAACAUGACGUCAUUUCAUUGCUUAACAGAAUCCCCUCCUCUCGACCGGGACAAAGUGAGGUUAAUAGUUCAUUCUAAUUUACUAACACACUUACAGGUCACACAACAUAACUGAAUUAACUUUUGACCCCCCCAACAUUAUCGAUCACCACUUAGCUGACAGUUCUAAUUAACAGAAAACCUAGGAAUGCACUCACUUCCUUAUCUAAAAACCCCAGAGCUUAGUUUUGUCGGUUCAACCAUAGGUUAACUACCUUAUCUGUUUACUUAAUCCACAACCCAUUCGUUUCUGCCUAGUUGGAAUGGUGUUCAUUAACUUUAAUUACUCCUUGUCCGUGUCACACAAUCCCUUCUUAUGAACUCAUUGUUAAUCAGAUAUAAUAAAACAGAGUAUAAGUUUACUUAGUUACAGUUCCAUUUAAAAUGAUUUGUUCAGUCAUUUAAUCAUAAUUUUCCCAACACACUGUUACCAUCGAUAAAUCCACUAUAAUUGAGAAUUUCAAUCAGCAUUUCUCUACGGCUGGCCAUGCUUUCCACCUGGCUACCCCUACCCCGGUCAACUGCCCAGCACCCUCCAGAGCAACCCGCCAAAGCCCCCACCAUUUCUCCUUCACCCAAAUCCAGAUAGCUGAUGUUCUGAAAGAGCUGCAAAAUCUGGACCCCUACAAAUCAGCCAGGCUAGACAAUCUGGCCCCUCUUUGGACACUGUUAACUAACCUCCAGACGAGCUUUAAUGCCAUACAACUCUCCUUCCGUGGCCUCCAACUGCUCUUAAAUGUAAGCUAAACUAAAUGCAUGCUAUUCAAUCGAUCACUGCCCGCACCUCCCGGCCCGUCCAGCAUCACUACUCUGGACGGCUCUGACUUAGAAUACAUGGACAACUACAAAUACCUAGGUGUCUGGUUAGACUGUAAACUCUCCUUCCAGACUCACAUUAAGCAUCUCCAAUCCAAAAUUAAAUCUAGAAUCCGCUUCCUAUAUCGCAACAAAGCAUCCUUCACUCAUGCUGCCAAACAUACCCUCGUAAAACUGACCAUCCUACCGAUCCUCGACUUCGGCGAUGUCAUCUAUAAAAUAGCCUCCAACACUCUACUCAACAAAUUGGAUGCAGUCUAUCACAGUGCCAUCCGUUUUGUCACCAAAGCUCCAUACACUACCCACCACUGCGACCUGUACGCUCUCGUUGGUUGGCCCUCGCUUCAUACUCAUCGCCAAACCCACUGGCUACAGGUUAUCUACAAGUCUCUGCUAGGUAAAGCCCCGCCUUAUCUCAGCUCACUGGUCACCAUAGCAGCACCCACUCGUAGCAUGCGCUCCAGCAGGUACAGUGCCUUGCGAAAGUAUUCGGCCCCCUUGAACUUUGCGACCUUUUGCCACAUUUCAGGCUUCAAACAUAAAGAUAUAAAACUGUAUUUUUGUGAAGAAUCAACAAGUGGGACACAAUCAUGAAGUGGAACGACAUUUAUUGGAUAUUUCAAACUUUUUUAACAAAUCAAAAACUGAAAAAUUUAUUUAUCUUGAUCCUUUGCACCCCAGUAUCUCUACUUGCACAUUCAUCUUCUGCACAUCUACCAUUCCAGUGUUUAAUUGCUAUAUUGUAAUUACUUCGCCACCAUGGCUUAUUUAUUGCCUAAACUCCCUAAUCUUAUAUAUAUAGACUUUUCUUUCUUUUUUUUCUACUGUAUUUGUUGACUGUUUUGUUUAUUCCAUGUGUAACUAUGUGUUGUUGUAUGUGUCGAAUUGCUAUGCUUUAUCUUGGCCAGGUCGCAGUUGCAAAUGAGAACUUGUUCUCAACUAGCCUACCUGGCUAAAUAAAAUAAAUAAAAUAACCUAAUCAAAUGGCUAUCCAGACUAUUUGCAAUGCCCCCUCUCGUACACCCCUACUACUUUCUGUUGAUAUCAUCUAUGCAUAGUCACUUUUAAUAACUCUACCUUCAUGUACAUAUUACCUCAACUAACCAGUGCCCCUGCACAUUGACUCUGUACCGGUACCCCCCUGUAUAUGGCCUCGCUAUUGUUAUUUUGCUGCUGCUCUUUAAUUACUUGUUACUUUUAUUUCUUAUUCUUUUCCAUGUUUUUUUUUAAACUGCAUUGUUUGUUAGGGGUUCGUAAGUAAGCAUUUCACUGUAAAGUCUAUACCUGUUGUAUUCGGCACAUGUGACUUAUAACAUUUGAUUUUGAUUACUCUUUUCUGCGAUCCUUGCUGACAAUCAUUUCAUUUUCAAGAGGCUUCAACAGGCCGUUUUGAGGGAUCCCACACGACUUACGCGGAAGUGAUGGCUCUGUAACGUUCCUGUCCAGCCGUGUCCCAUAUCUGGGCCUUAUCUUCUGGCCCAUAUCUUCCCAUCCACCUGGAUGCUGCGGGUGGCAAACUCCACUCCGAUGGUGCUCUUACUCUCAAGGUUGAACUCAUUCCGUGUGAACCGAGAGAGCAAAUUGCUCUUUCCGAUGCCCGAGUCCCCAAUUAACACAACUGUUGAUAAAGAAAAAGAGAGAGAUAUGGAGAGAAUGAGAACACACUGGCUGAAAUGUAUUUAGCCUAAAGUCAGAUGAGGUAGCGUAGUCAACAGGUAUUUUGCAGAUGUACUAGUAUCCAGGAUCCUGGCCUAGAACUUGGAUGUUUGCAUUCUUCACCAUAUGUAACACGGUCCUCCCACCUACGUCCGUGUUACAUAAUGCAGGUUUUCCUUUUCAAUCCUUCACUCCCAUUGACAAUAUUGAAUAAGUGGAAGGCUGAAAUCGACCUAUUUUGAAGUGGCAUGUGUCUGUAUAUUUCUGUCAAUGUUUCUAUGCGAUUAUGGGUCUUUUGGUUAAUCGGUUGCCCUUAACAUUUAACAUUUACAUUUAAGUCAUUGGUGCGUUCACCUUAAGACAUCCAGUGGAACAGCCACUUUACAAUAGUGCAUCUAAAUCUUUUAAGGGGGGAGGGGGGAGAAGGAUUACUUUAUCCUAUCCUAGGUAUUCCUGAAAGAGGUGGGGUUUCAGGUGUCUCCGGAAGGUGGUGAUUGACUCCGCUGUCCUUAAUUAACCAAGGAGACAUAAUAGUUGAUGCACAGUUGGAGUGAUAUCCAACUUGUACACAGUGGGACCCCAUGAUCACUGCUGAGAAGCACUGAGCUCUGAUACAAUAAGAGGCUGACAGAAACAGCCUAUUAAAUUUAGCUGAGAUAUCAGGAGUAGGCCUGGCAUUCAGAAUGGGGCUGUCGAGGUAGAGUCCUUUUUUGUUUUCUCUCAGUACAGGAAAUCAAGGGGAACUACGGCCCUGUGGCAUCACACUGCUGCUGCAGGAAGCUGAUAACAUGCUCCAUCAAACCUGAAUUGACAGUUGUGGGACACUUUUUGGUUUUCUGUUUUCAGCAGGUUUUCUAAAUUAUGGCGAGGGAGGAAGAGCAGAACUCUUCAUUCUCAGAUGUCUAGUCCACAGGGGAUACUCUGUGUCACAUCAUAAAUAGACCUCUAUAUGGGGUGUCAGUGGCAAACUGCAGGGUCAUUCGAUAUCAUUUCAGCAAGUCAUGUCACCACCAUCUCAGAUUGUUCUUAAAUUGUUUCUGUAGUUAGAAACGGAUAAGAUUAGCUUUCCUGAAACAUUAUUUUGUUGAAAUAUAAUUUGAUAUUUGAGAAAUUAAGCUAAUUGAUUCCACCAAAAUUGGACAUUUUAAUUUAAAGGAUUCAUAUCUUCAAUAAAUAUAUUACCUGUAACGGCUUUCUAAUGGUGAAGGAGAGUCGGACCAAACUGCAGCGUGUCUAUUGUGAUUCAUCUUUAAUAAACAAACGUAACACACAACAAAACACUAACACUACAAACCGAAAACAGCCUAUACAAGUGUCUACUAACCUCUAACCAGGACAUCAAGACACACAGGACAAUCACCCACAAUACAACCAAAGAAUAUGGCUGCCUAAAUAUGGUUCCCAAUCAGAGACAACGGUAAACACCUGCCUCUGAUUGAGAACCACUUCAGACAGCCAUAGACUCUCCUAGAACACCCCACUAAGCUACAAUCCCACUAUACACACAUUCCAAAAUCCCAAGACAAAACACACCACAAUACAAAAACUCUAUGCCACACCCUGGCCUGACCCAAUACAUGAAGAAAACACAAAAUACUUAGACCAGGGCGUGACAGUACCUAACAUCUGAUUUUGACCAUAAUUCUCUGUAACAAUGAUUAAGACAUGAGGAAUCCCAAAAAAUGAUCAAUAGCCACCCACAAACCCCCCCACACCAAUCCCACCCCAACAACCAGUGAUUUAAAAAAUCUGUUGUGUCAUAAACGCUCACAUGAUACACUACAUGGCCAAAAGUAUGUGGACACCUGCUUUUCGAACAUCUCAUUCCAAAAUCAUGGGCAUUAAUAUGGAGUUGGUCCCCCUUUGCUGCUAUAACAGCCUCUACUCUUCUGGGAAGGUUUUCCACUAGAUGUUGGAACAUUGCUGUGGGGAUUUGCUUCCAUUCAGCCACGAGCAGUAGUCGGGCACUGAUGUUGGGCGAUAAGGCCUGGCUGGCAGUCGGCGUUCCAAUUCAUCCCUAAGGUGUUUGAUGGGGUUGAAAUCAGGGCUCUGUGCAGGCCAGUCAAGUUCUUCCACAUCGAUCUCGGCAAACUAUUUCUGUAUGGACCUCGCUUUGUGCACGGGGUCAUUGUCACGCUGAAACAGGAAAGACCUUCCCAAACAGUUGCCACAAAGCAUAGAAUUGUCUAGAAUGUCGUUGUAUGCUGUAGAGAGAAGAUUUCCCUUCACUGGAACUAAGGGACCUAGUCCAAACCAUGAAAAACAACCCCAGAUCAUUAUUCCUCCUCCACCAAACUUUACAGUUGGCACUAUUCAUUUAUGCAGGUAGCGUUCUCCUGGCAUCCGCCAGAUUUGUCCGUUGGACUUCCAGAUUCAUCACUUCAGAGAAUGCGUUUCCACUGCUCCAGAGUCCAAUGGCGGCGAGCGUUACACCACUCCAGCCGACGCUUGACAUUGCGCAUGAUGAUCUUAGGCUUGUGUGUGGCUGCUCGGCCAUGGAAACCCAUUUCAUGAAGUCCCCGACGAACAGUUAUUACGCUGAUGUUACUUCCAGGGGCAGUUUCAAACUCUGUAGUGAGUGUUGCAACCGAGGACAGACAAUUUAACACCCUACGCGCUUCAGCACUCAGUGGUCCUCUUCUGUGAGCUUGUGUGGCCUACCACUUUGUGGCUGAGACGUUGCUGCUUCUAGAUGUUUCCACUUCACAAUAACAGCACUUACAGUUGACCGGGGCAGCUCUAGUAGGAAAUUUCACGUCUGAGUUGUUAGGAUGCCACGUUUCUGUGACGGUGCCACAUUGAAAGUCACUGAGCUCUUCAGGAAGGCCAUUCUACUGCUAAUGUUUGUCUAUGGAGAUUGCAUGGCUGUGUGCUCGAUUUUGUGCACUUGUCAGCAACGGGUGUGGCUGAAAUAGCCUAAUCCACUAAUUUGAAUAGGUGUCCACAUACUUUUGUAUAUAUAUAGCGUAUGUCAAAAUAUUUCACUGUCAGCUGAACACAAUAAAUAUCCACAGUUACAGUAGGUCUAGGCCUAGAUAAAUGCAAGAUUUGCAUAUGGGCCUAUAGGCUACAAUUAACUACAAAAUAUUUAACUUCAUAUAGCUCUUUAAACCAUAAAAGGGAAAACCGAGUUCUUGUCAGUAACCGAUUUACAAAUAGUUACUCUUUUAUGGGCUUAUCAAAGUUGAUAAAGUCAGAGGCAACGCAGAUAGGGUGUUGCAUCUUACUUAUAGGUAUAACCACGGGCGUUGUUACAAUGUUACAAUGACAGCAUUUAUAUAGCCAUAGUAGCAAACGUUUUCCACCAGAGACUGAUACAAUGUUUCUUUCAAAACCAUUCCUCCAAACUAUUGGUUAUGAUUCGUUCAAAAGGCUGAUGUCUGAUUUGUCUUUAGAAUUAAACAAUCACAUAAUUAUUGAAGGUGCUGUCAACGGGGGGCUGCAGUCAUCAACAUGUACCUUUGAACAAGAAGUCGUAUUCAUCGUCUCUGUUCCCCAUUCUAGACGAGGCCUCUCCAACGCUUCUUUAGGAAAAUAAUUAGUAAAAUAUUUUGUCUCUGAAUUACCUGUAUGUACAGGAGAAAAUGACAUGAAUUUGAAAGACAAUGCGCCAAUGCUGGCUGUCAAACAGGCUGACCGCAGGAAGAGCGUCUCCCCGAAAUCUGCAGAAGGGGAGGAGUCCCUGUUUCUAUGCCUUCCACACGGUGCCGCUGCUGUCUGUCAUACUAAUAGGAAACAAAGCACAACCUAUGACUCCUGUGAGCAAUUGAAGGUGUGUUGGAUGCUCAGUUUGCUUAUCACACGUGCUUCAUACAUAUAGUUCAUGUCCUAAAUUGGCAGUGGACCGUUGUGCUAUUGGCUGAUCCCUGCUACAGCAUUUCUUCACUGUAGCCUAUUUGAAGGUCUGCUUAUAAACGUAACCUGUCUGCAAGCAUUGUCUCAUACAUAAAUUAUUAUUAAUAUUAGUCAAUAAAUGUAGGUGUACUAUGAGCAUCUGCAAUGUAUAUUCAUUUUCAGCAGGUCUUCUAACCAAGUACAGGUUAGAAGGUACAGACCGUCAACUAAAGUGCUACAGCUGUCUCCUGAAAAUUAACGAAUCUCAAUACUAACAUCAACUGAAAAAAAAUACAUAUGUAUUACUCAUUAAUAAUAUUAAAGUAUAGUCUCCCUCCUCAUGAAGCUUAUAGUGGCAAUCACAAUCAAGAGAAAGUCAGGCUGAGAGGUGAGCUAUUGCAGACUGCUAUUACAAUGUCAUUACCACAUUCUCUGCCAUGGUCAUUACAACAUACAUUGCAUAUAUAGUAAGCGCUGAGCAUUAUACAAAAUAUCAUGCGUAAACACAUACAAUGCAAUGCCUGCAACACUGACCCAGGAGACUGGGUGAUAUCGCUCACCGAGGCCGACAUUGUCAGGAUUUGGCCAGGGUUGUUCCGGUUUUUGGUCACUAGAUGCCCCCAUUGUGCCUUUUGACCUUUUGUUUUCCCUUGAUCCCCAUUAUUAUUUGCACCUGUGCCUCGUUUCCCCUGAUUGUAUUUAAACCCUUUGUUUUCCUCAGUCCUUUGCUCUGUGUUUGUAUGUUAGCACCCAGCCCUAUUAUUCUGUUAACUCUUGUUGAUCCCGGUGGACGCUCUUGUGGAACUCUGUUUUUGUUCUUGUUUAUUUAUUUUUGAGUAUCUUUUGAGGUUUUUUGUGCUAUACCUACCACCUUGUGGAUUUACCUUUUUUGUCUUGGAGGAUUACCUUUGUUCUUGUGGAAUUCCUUUUGAGGUUGUGGAGUUACAUGUGUUCCUGAAGGACUUCACUUUUUACUACAUUAAAUACACCGUCUCAAGUA